GAUCGGACCUUUGUUUCUCGUCGAAACAUUUCCAGCGACGUACACGCGUGUUCCCGGAAAAGGCCUCAGAGACAGCUGCAUCGUUAGCAACGAAGCUAACACGGUGUCUCAACCUGUCAGCUAACGAUGAAUUCACCCGUUGUAAUGGGGCUUUAAACGUUCAUAGUUUAAUAAGAACCAACAUCCAUCUGUGAUUUCAAAAUGCAUCGGUGCCCCGAUUGUCCCAAAACGUUCCCAACGCCGUCCAAACUGAAGAGACACCAUCUGAUCCACACCGGCCAGAAGCCCUUCAGCUGUGGAUCCUGUGGGAAAGCCUUCAACCAGUCUCAUCAUUUAAAACUACAUCUGCAGAAUGUCCACCGCUCACGGCCUCCAGCGGGCACGCCACCGGAGGUUACUUCAACCAAUCACCAGCGACCAAGCUGUGAUAAACCAGUGGCGGGGACGAGCACGCGCGGCGGUGGCAACUGGGCUGAAAUCCCGUCGACUGUGACUUCCUCUGUGGCCUCCCAGCCCCAGUGGAGAAGCACACCCAUUUGUCUCCCUGUGUCAGAGACUGGAAACCAGUUCAAAACCACGUCACGUGUAACUGAAGUCACAGAGACUGUCUCGCAUGAUGUGGAUCCGGUGCAUCAGGAUCUGGUCAAUCCUCCCAAUGUGAACCCAUCUGCAUGCGAAGGCCACAAAAGACACACCUGCAAAGUCUGCUUAAGGUCUUUUCAUUCAUCUCUCCAGCUGUGGAUUCACCUUCCAACUCACAACAAGUCCAAACCGCCCGGGAGGGGCCAGAGCAUUUUUAAGAAGGGCCCUAGGAAGAUGAACUUUCAGUCACAAGAAUCCAGAAGCGCCAGUAAAAGAAUAAUGUCUCUGAAACACCAGUGUCCUAAAUGUCUGAAAGGCUUUUGCUCACCGUCCAAGUUAAAACGUCAUUUUCUUAUCCACACGGAUCAGAAACCUUACUCGUGUUCAGUUUGCUGGAAAAGCUUCCGACAGAAGGGCCACUUGAAAACUCAUUUAGGCACAGAAAAUAAAUGCCCACUUUCUGCUGCCAAUGCGAGACUGAGACUUUCUCACGACAGUAAAACCUCACGUCCGCAGCCUGAGACGCAGCUUCAGCGCCCAUCCAGCAAUCAGGACUCGUCGGUGGAGCUCAAGCUACAAUGUGAAAUACGUGUAAAUACUUUGCAUGAACUGAACAAGACUGAAAUCAAGUUAAAUUCAUUUGUAAAACCUGAACAGACGUUAAAUCCGAGCUUUCAGUGUCACGAGUCCGGAGGACAAGGGUCGCAACACUUGACACAAAAAGAUGUGAAACGAUUCCGGUGCUUGGUCUGUAACAGAUCAUUUCGUUUGGAGGUGAAUUUAAUACGGCAUGGUAGAAUUCACUGGAACCAAAAGGAAUUGGGAAGUCCCACCUCUGUGCAAAACUGUAAUAAUGCGAAAAUGUCAAAUUCGGACGCAAUCAAACCUGCCGACCUCACCGACUUCAACAUCAUCAUUAAACCAGAAACAGAGAGAGAGAAUCGCAGGGACUCUUUUCCUCAGGAGGCUGCGUCCGUUCCACCAGCAGAACAGCCGAGGGAAACUUUCCAGCAGCGGAGAAUCAACCCUUCACAUCAGUGCCGCUCGUGUUCUAAAUGUUUUCCAUCCCCGUCGAAACUCAAGAGACACAUGAUGAUUCACACCGGACAAAGGCCCUUCAGCUGCGAGUUAUGCGGAAAGCGCUUUCGGCAGAAAACCCACUUGAGGGUCCACUGUCGCACUCACCUGUUGACCCGAUAUCAGAAGCAGCGAUCGCUGUACAUCAAUCGGCCGCCUUCACGCGUCGGUGGGUUCCACACGAGGACGGCAGCAGACGUCCCGGUGCAGGAAGUGUUACGACAUAAAAAGUGUAAUGAGGCACUUACUGGCAGUGAUGUAAUUGCCGCAAAACACCCGGUUCAGACCCCUUCUACAGCAACUGUUCAGAAUAAUGUCAAGACAGAAUCAGGGAUCCAGUUGUUUCCACAAACCUCCAAGAAAAGUGAAGUUUUGCCCUUGAUAACAGCUCCUAAAGGGACACAGACUGCUAAACCAGUGCAAAUUCCUGGCAACACGCGACACAAGUGCUCCCAGUGUUUGAAGUGUUUUCCGAGCCCCUCUAAAUUAAAAAGGCAUGAGAUGGUACACACGGGCCUGAAACCGUUUCGGUGUCCUACGUGUGGGAAAGCUUUUAGGCAAAGGACACAUCUGAAAACGCACGAAGGGGGACAUUGUACGAGGAAACUGUCCCAACCCGUCAAUCAGCAGGCGAGCAUCAAAAAACUGAAAACUCACAAUCAGCAGCAGCAGCAGCAGCUUUACCCGAGGAUCACUGUUUGUGCCCCUUCUCUGCAACACUCUGUAAACACCGACACACAUUCGGUUAGUCGUGGUGCGACAAUUCGAGACAAAGGUGUGCAGGAUUGUACCGGGCCGGAAAUACCGAUCGCAAAAGUGAACGGUCCCUUUAAGACAAACACCAGAAGCAAUUCUUUUAAAAAGAAGAAGCUUCACACGUGUCGAAUAUGCUGCAAGAACUUCUCUUCUCCCUACAAGCUCUCCAGGCACCUGCUCACUCACUCUGGCGUGAGGCCGUAUAAAUGCAGCUUUUGCAGCAAAACGCUCACCCAGCACGGCCAUCUCAAGUUACAUGAGCGCAGGUGCAGACAGAGAAGCAGGAUCUUGGAUUGUUCUCACAGAGAAAUGGUAAAUACCAACCAUCUCCAGGAAAAACCUGUUGAAAACCUUAUUUAUUGUACAGAUUUUAAUUUGGAUGCAGUAACAGAGCAGAGAGAGUCCAAUUAUAGUCCUGCUGGUGUUAGCUCGUUUACUGCUGGAGAUUUAGCUUAUUGUCCAGAGGCAAUCGACACCGACUGGCUGGCAGUACCGGAAACGGGCUUACAAGAGGAGAAUUAUGAAUUAGGAGAAAAAGUGGAUCAAGCUACAGACAGUUCUGAUCAGGCUACAGAUCAGUUUAGCUAUUCGUUUCCCUCCGAGCUUGCCUUUGAAAUAAGUAAGCUCAUCCAAAAUCGAAGCACUGCCGCUCCACCUUUGUCACCACAGUACGAGGGUAAUACGAAUAACGUAGGAACACCCCGUCAGCGGGAAGGAGUGACGGCUAAUUCCCUGAAAAACAAAGUGCGCGGUGAUGUGAGUUCUGUGAAUCUACUUCAGACAGAUUCCCGAGGCGGGGACUGGUGUGAACCGGUGAUCGUGUUUGAAUGUGGCGAGUGCACGACAAACUUCAUGAGCGACGACGAUCUCAAGCAACAUCUCUGUCCUGCUCGGGUUCAACCGAAAGGGACGAAGUCGACCGCGAGGAAUCGCUGUGACGUCUGCUUCAAACAUUUCGUCUCCCCGUCCAAACUUGAGAGGCAUUCUCUCGUCCACACGGGUCAGAGGCCGUUCAAUUGUGACGUCUGUGGCAAAACCUUCACUCAGAGAUCACAUGUCAGAACUCACAGACAGACUCAUUGAUGGCGUGACACUGAAAUGUUUGGGUUUUUGUGCGCGUGUGCAAUCUUGCGUUUAUGGUGAUCAUGAUAUUGGAUAAAUAUCAUGUCUGUAUAUAUAUUUAUGAAGUGUAGUGUAUCAUAUUUUUCCUCUAAAUAAAAAUACAUUUGUAUUUUA